UGGACAGUCUUUUCUUUUCGAAUUUUGAUUUAUUUAAAUUCUUUCUUAAUUAUUAUUCUUUGCUUGAUUAGGGAACUGUUCAAUUUGGGAUCUGUCCUACCCUUCCCACCUGUCUGCCCCCUACCUGUUCCUCCCCCUCCAGUCCGGGCACUGGGCCAGUCCGUCGGAUUGGCCCUCGAGUGACUCUUCAGACUUCGGGCACAGCAGUGCAUGACACUGCUCACUCGAUCACAGACCAAGGCCAUGGACCGGAAGGCGGGGGAAUCCCUCCUGAGCUAUGAGGAACGCCUGGCAGCAUUCAUUCAAGAGGCCAACGAUAGGGCCGCCCCCGCGGCCAAGGAACGUCAGCAGCUUGAACAAGAGGAGGAGGCCAAGCGACAGAAGGAGGAACAGGACCGACUUCGUCAAGAGGAGGCAGACCUGCAGGCGGCAGCUGAACACCGGUCACGCCAGCGGGAACGACUGUUCACACGGGAGACCGUGAUCGGCGAUGAGGCUGCACGUUGGGUGGAAGUGGCAUCUACAGACGAGGCCCCGGAGACUGAGAAAGGGCUGUCAGCCCUUGCACAGGUCUCCCACGACCUCGUGGCCACCUGCGCUCUGCAGCAGGAGGAAAUCCUCCACCUGCAGCAGACAGUGAACGAUCGACAUCUGUGCUUGUACCACCGAUCUGGUGGUGCGUGUCAAGCAUGGCUGGACAACAUCUUGACCAGCCACGGUGUAGCAGUGUCGGAACUACACACCAAGCUCACUUGGCAGGAGUUGACYGACGCCUGGCACAAGCGAUUCCAAGUGGAGCCGCCCGACCUGCAAGCGAUGGACAAGCUCAACAAGCUCCAUCAAAACACGCUGCUCAGUCAGGAAUGGAUCACCGAGUUUCAAAGACUCACCUCCACACCUAACCUGCCGCUCGCAUUCCGCGCCAUCAAGCACUUGUUUAUCAUGCGCUCGUGUCCGGCGCUGCAAAAUGCGCUUACGCAGAUUGCAGAGACACUCGACACAUCCRACAAGCUUUUUAGCACAGCGUCACGGAUCAUUCUGACAAAUAUCGAAGCCCGCAACGCAGGCCGAUCUUCCGCGACGACGAGCGACACCCAGCUCAAGCCAAAGGUGGCUUGCAUUAUUUCUUCCGAGGCUGCAACACCAAACGAGGGUGAAGUGUUGGCAGCUGCCCGGGAUGGUGGCCGGCCGCGCAACAACCACGGCCGCGACAAGACGAAGACUCAAUCCACCUCGACACCGAGCACCGGAUCAGCCGCCGACCAACCUUGGGUACAAUACGGACUCUCGGCGAACUCUUAUCGCACGCGCCUCAAGUACCGGUAUUGCCUUUGGUGCAACAGCACCAUCCACGAUGCUGCACAUUGCCCCACCAAGGGGAAACCCCGUCAGGGAAAGUAGGCGCCGCCGAGGGAAACUCGACACCUCCCUCGACACCAUCGGAAGCGGUUGUGGCCACGACCGCCCUUUCUUCCGAGGCAUAUGCGGA